UCUUGCCCCGGUUGCUGCUCCCACCGCCGCUCAUGGAGACGUCCCGCGCCGAGGGGGCGCCGCUCUCGCACCCCUUGGAGCCCGAAGCCGAGCCGCCGGCGGGCAAGGCGGGGGGCGAGAAGCGCUUCAAGCUGUGGUACGUGGGCUGGUCUUGCCUGGACCGGCGGACCACGCUGCCCAUGCUGCCCUGGCUGAUGGCGGAGAUCCGGCGGCGGAGCCAGAAGCAAGAGCCCAGCGCGGUGCCGGCCCGGGAAGUGGUGCUGCUCCUCGGCUCGCCCAACCUGCGCUGCGUCCCGUCGGGCGGCAGCGCGGCCAACCCGGCCGUCUUCAUCUUCGAGCACAAGGCGCNCCCCUCCGCUCCGCGCCGAGCGCCCCGUGCCCGCGCGUCAGGUUGGCCCGCGGCGGACCCGAACGUCGGGCUGCCCGGACGGAGCACGCCUCCUGCUCCUACUCCUGCUCCCUUCCCUCCCCCGGAGGCGGUGAACGGAGGGGAUCUGAUCCCUCCCGGGAGAGCCUUUUUUCACCCGAAGCUUCCUUAG